UCUCUUUCUCUCUCUCUCUCUCUAUCUCUAUCUUUCUCUCUCUCUGUCUUCGCGAGGACGAAGAGGAAGCUACGGAGGUGGGAGGUGAGAAGGAGGAGGAGAGAUCGGCUCCUCCACGGAGGAGCGCGUGCAGUCGGCUAGCCGAGGCCUAUACUUGUCCGUCGAAGGGAAUUGGUCUUGCAGCGAUUCUUCAAAGUAUCUCUCGAAUAAUCCGCGCGCGAGAAGAUAAGGGCGUCGGAUAGAGGCACGACUCGAGACGUAAGAAAUUGAGCGCGUUUGCGCGCCACCCUUCAGAACAGAGAGAGAGAAAGAGAGAGAGAGAGAGGGAGAGGGAGAGAGAGAGAGAGAGAGAGAGCAAGGUCGCGAGGACGACGAGGUGCGAGAUAGAGAAUAGAGGGUGCCAGGUAGAAUUCUCGCCUCCCCCACCAUCGACUCGAAUCUUCCGAAGCAUCGGCGUGCCGCACGACGACACCCACCCCUCGAAGGAAGGGCCCGGAGGGUGAGUUUCCCUGCCCCGAGCCGACCGAUCCUCGGACCCUUCCGCAGUCGGUCACGCUGGACUCUACCGAGCGCAUUACGAGUCUUGCCUCUCUCUUCUCGACGUCGACGACGACGACGACGACGACGACGACAACGACGACGACGACGACGACGACGACGUCGACGACGAAGGGUGACGACGACGACGACGACGACGACGACGACGACGACGACGACGACGACGACGACGACGAAAAAAGAGAACAAGAGGAAGAAGGAAAGAGAGAGAAUGCGCUCGAGCUGACGAGCGUUCGCUCGUGUGCGCAUUCUUACGAAGGACGGUGUGAUGUUGGACGGACGGUGAACAACGAGUUUGGUGCACGGUGUCCUAUCAAGCUAUUACGGAUAUCUCUAGCACUCUUCGAGCUACUUCAGGAGCCACGAUAGCCGACAUUACGGCAAAUAGAGAUCGUUGGCCCACCAUGAGACUCUGGCUUCUUUUCGGUGUCCUCGGCUUUGCGACCAACGUGGCGCUCGCCGAGAUUACGAGAAACAAGAAUCGCGGAAGGGGUUCUAUGUGGUGGGGAAUCGCAAAAGCAGGAGAACCGAAUAAUUUCCUACCGUCGCUCCAUAUGGAUCCCACCGUUUAUGCGACCUUGAGGAGAAAGCAGAGACGGCUGGUCAGAGAAAACCCAGGGGUACUUAUGGCGGUGGCGAGAGGUGCCAAUCAGGCGAUCGGCGAGUGUCAACAUCAGUUUCGUAAUCGUCGUUGGAACUGCUCAACCAAGAACUUUCUCAGAGGGAAAAAUCUUUUCGGCAAGAUCGUCGAUCGAGGAUGCCGAGAGACCGCCUUCAUCUACGCCAUCAUGAGCGCAGCUGUGACUCAUAGCAUCGCAAGAGCAUGCAGCGAGGGCAGCAUCCAGUCGUGUUCAUGCGACUAUACCCACCAAUCGCGCGCACCCUCUGCCGUUCGAGACUGGGAAUGGGGUGGGUGUUCGGACAACAUCGGAUACGGCAUCAAGUUUUCCCGCGAGUUCGUCGAUACCGGAGAACGCGGCCGAAAUCUCCGGGAGAAAAUGAACCUCCACAACAACGAGGCCGGUCGAGCGCACGUAUUCUCGGAGAUGCGACAAGAGUGCAAGUGCCACGGCAUGUCCGGUUCCUGCGCGGUAAAGACCUGCUGGAUGAGACUACCCAACUUUCGCGUGGUCGGCGACAAUUUGAAGGAUCGCUUCGACGGAGCGUCCAGAGUGAUGGUUAGCAAUUCGGAUCGAGUACGAGGCAACAGCAACGCCAUCGUGAGCAACUCUGCGAGCAAUUCGGUUCACGGGCACCGAGACGGUCUUGGACGUCGUCAUCGUUACAAUUUCCAACUUAAACCGUACAAUCCUGAACACAAACCACCGGAGCCCGAGGACCUCGUCUAUUUAGAUCCUUCCCCGCCGUUCUGUGAGAAGAAUCCAAAACUCGGAAUUCUUGGUACGCACGGCAGACAAUGCAACGACACGAGCAUCGGUGUCGACGGUUGCGAUCUCAUGUGUUGCGGAAGAGGUUACAAGACUCAGGAAGUGACGGUGAUGGAAAGGUGCGCGUGUAUCUUCCACUGGUGUUGCGAAGUCAAGUGUCAACACUGCUGGAGGAAGAAGACGAUACACACGUGUUUGUAAAGAGAAACAGAGAGAGAGCGAGAGAGAGAGAGAGAGAGAGAGAGAGACAGAGAGAGAGAGAGAGAGAGAGAGAGAGCUCUUCGUAUUACGAAAUUAUCGCUUUCCGGGCAAACGCCGAGAAAAGAAUACGCGAGAAAGAGAAUAUCUCUCUUAGCUUACUCUCUUUCCCUCUAAAGGACCGAUUCCUUCCUGGCGAAGGACAUUCCGAGUCUCUCGAGAAGCUCGGAUGUCGAGGCUCCUCCUCCUCCAUUCUCCUCCGCCUUCUCCUCAGUAUUACGCGACACGAUCUAAACUCUUAACUAUAUAUUUAUUUGCGAUCUAUUAAAGACUGACUCCAAAUGCCCAGGAUCGUUCUCGAGCGAUCGAUCUUAUCGAAGACAUUAAAUGUCGACGAUCGCGGUUGCGUUUCGUUUGUAAAUACAGGAUUAAAGAUUAGACGAUAAGGACGACGAAGUUAUUCCGAAUGCCUGCGCGAGCUUUUACGAGGAAAACAAUAACAAUCCGUUUAUUUAUUUUCAACGACCUCUCUAUUCCCCUUCUUUUCUUAUUCUUUAUUGACGCGCGCGCUAAAGCCGAACGCGUCUAUCUGUACGUCUACGCUGCGUGUAUGUAUGUAUGUAUGUAUGUAUGUGUGCGUGCGUGCGUGCGUGCGUGCGUGUCUGUACAUAGACGGAAUACGAUCCUAAAGGUUUUUAAAAAAGUAUUAUAAAAUAUGCGUGAAGCUACCAUUGUAAAUAAUCCUUAGGGUCGUAAUCCAAACCGGUCGAUAAGUUAUUUCUUGCGGAUCCUCUUCUCUUGAUCUUAAAUUUAAGAAAAUAAUUACCAGUGUCGAAUACUUUGGCCUAUAUUUUUUUUCCUUCUUCUUUUCUUCUUCUUACCUUUCA